AUGACGCUGUGCCUGCUUGAUAGGGCCGCCGCCCGCCACCACGGGAAGCCUAAGGGGGAAACCGCGGAGCGCGCCUCCAGCCAGCGCCGGUGCUGCCACGCCCACCACGCCCGCUCCGCCCGCGUCGUUCUCCGAGCAGCGCUUCUAUUGGUCACGGCUGCGGCGGCAGCGCGCGGACCCGAAGAGGAGGGGAAAGCCGGUGGCCGCGGUGGCGGAACGGGCGGAGGCUGCCGGUUUCGUAACCGUCGCUCCUCCUCGCCGACUCGCAGGCUGCGAGGCCUGGGUCGGGUCGGACCGCGCCGCGCGGGGCCGCUCGGAGUGGAGGCCGUCUGGGGGCGGGCGGGCCGGCCGGAGGCGCAGGUACAUGUGAAGAUUUUUUGGCAGUUGAGUGUGGCCUUCUCGGAUCACACUGCUCUGAUUUCUACGUGUUCUGUGUUGGCGGAGGAACGGGCCCAAAUGAGCAAGCUGUCGCAGCCAGCCGCGACUGCAGGAGUGAACGGGAUCAGUGUCAUUCACACUCAGGCACAUGCCAGCGGCUUACAGCAGGUUCCUCAGCUGGUGCCCGCUGGGCCUGGGGGAGGAGGCAAAGCUGUGCCUCCAAGCAAGCAAAGCAAGAAGAGCUCACCCAUGGAUCGAAAUAGCGAUGAGUACCGCCAGCGCAGAGAGCGGAACAAUAUGGCUGUGAAAAAGAGCCGGUUAAAAAGCAAGCAGAAAGCUCAAGAUACACUGCAGAGAGUAAACCAGCUCAAGGAGGAGAACGAGCGGUUGGAAGCCAAAAUUAAGUUGCUGACAAAGGAAUUAAGUGUACUGAAAGACUUGUUUCUUGAGCAUGCGCACAACCUCGCAGACAAUGUGCAGCCCAUCAGCACGGAAACUACGGCGGCAAAUUCUGAUAACACAGGGCAGUAGAUCUCCUUCCAGGCUCCACGGUCUUGUGACUUGAACAUGAGAGGUGUGACCACCCUUCACCCCUUGGUUCAGUGGCUGAGCUCGGUCUUGUUCUAUUGGAGGUUAUUUUUUAGGCUCAGCACUGGACAGCUGGCUAGCCAUGUAAUUUAUCUGGUCUUAAAUGAUAAUGGAUUUUUGAAGCACUAAAAGAAAACUUAGGGUUUAUGGUUAAAAUAAAAUUCCUGGACUUUAAUAUUCUUAAUAAAUCCUCACUUCCCCAGAAAUGCUUCUUUUGUAGGAAGGGGAAAAUGGAAGGUCAUAUUGAAGGUUCUGGGUUCUAAUGAGAUAAUACGUUGGACUAGGAAAAGCUGAAUUCCAUCUGUGUUCUUCAAUUUGUGAUUUUAUUCUAAAUUGUGUAUGAUAAAUUCUAGGGCUAUAGAAACCAGUCAUAAUAAUUUGGCCCUAUUUUAUAGAUGUAUAAACCUGUGUUAGCA